GAUGGCGCUAGCCAGUAUCGAGGUAUCGAAGUAUUGAAACUGUGUACCCUCUUCGAUACACUAUCCUCUUCGACGAACGUCUGCAGCACCUUGGUUCGUUUGAAGAAAAGGCCUUGUUGCGGUUGUCCUCUUCCAUCUUGCCUCUGUCAACUUUCCUUGGAUGCUGUCCAACGCCGUCCGCAGUGCCCGUCCCCUCCUCCGCCCCGCCACCAUCUCCUGCUCGCUAGCGCACUCCCGCCCGCAAAUGGACCCCACCCGGCCCGUGGAGACGUCCAUCCGGACCAAGCUGACGGACGCCCUGCAGCCGACUCACAUGGAGGUCCUGAACGAGAGCCACAUGCACGCCGUGCCGCCGGGCUCCGAGUCGCACUUCCGCGUGCUGGUGGUGAGCGAGCGCUUCGAGGGCCAGUCCCUGCUGCAGCGCCACCGCCUGGUCAACGAGGCGCUGCGCGACGAGCUGAGCAGCCGUGUGCACGCCCUGGCCAUACAGGCCAAGACGCCCCAGCAGUGGGGCAGCAACCCCAGCCUGGCCAAGAGCCCGCCCUGCCUGGGCGGCUCCAAGCACGACGAGACCGUGGCCGACAAGCUGAAGGCAGGGAGAGACUGAGAUAGUAUCAAGAGCUAAGAGCCACCCUGAGUUGUUAUGUACAUUUGUAAUCGAUAACUGCUGCAACUGAUUAACCCACAUAAUCUACAACCCCAUUACCCACAGUUCAGUAGUGUAAAGUCAUAAGACUCACCGUCAUGUCUGAGGAAGAUGUAGGUGUCGGUUAUGCUGACUGCAUAUCUUCUUUUCUGCAUGAGCGCAGUAUUACAUUGUGGUUGACGUGUGGGGCCUUUGCAGUGAUUGUUGCAGUAAAAAGGGGUUUGAGUUGCCAUGUAAGGACAGACUGUAAAGUUGUAGAGGAAAUCGAGAUCCUCAGGACUUCCAUAGAUGUGUUCCUGCUCUUAGAAAUCUCUAGUUCUAUGUUUCCCUGGUUUGUGGUUGUAGUUCCAAGUCAUAUGACUAGAGACCAGGUAAAACCAUGAAAUUCCGGAAACACGCAGAAGUUGUUUUGCAAGAGUGAUGAAUUCAUUCAAAACAAAGGCUGACUAAUGAAAGUAUGAAUUAUAAACAUUGUUGCAGAACAUUUUGUGCAUAUUCAUUUUGUGUGUGAAAUUUGUUUAAAGUGCUUCGAUAAAAUGAAAAGGUGAGAAAAUUGUGUAUGUAUGUCUGACCACUAGGGGGCAACAAAUGUCAACCCAUUACCAAGUUGGAUCAAGCAGAGAGUACCCCUGGCCACCAAGACACAAUCAUGAUAAUUGACAAUAAAUUUAAGAAAUAAACGUGAUGUAAGUGGUGAGGCAA